AUGGAGUCAGCAAACAGCGCACACUUUGAGAACAUCACGAAGGAAGCAUGCCGAAAAGAGUAUGUUGUUCAGCAGUUGAGAAUAGCAGCCCACCAUCAGAAUGAUACUCUAGAAGCCUUGCAAGAGGUGAAAAUCCCUUUGGGCGGAGAGAUGGCAGAAAAUGUAAUGGAGAAACUAAAAACAGGGAACAGCAGUGCCAAGGAAAAGCAAUGUAAUGAUUUAGAGAGACUGGGCCUUAAACGUAAGACAGAGAGUGAUGAGAAGCCAGUGGUGAGAAAAGAGCUGCGCCUGCUGGAACCAGAGAACCCAGUUGCCACAAUGUUGCUGUCCCAUAUCCCCUUGAAGAGCCUUGUAGAGGUAGAAAUGAAGUUGAUCUACACUGAUGAAGAGAACGUUUCUUAUGAGUUCCUGGAAUCUCAGAGUUCCAGCUGCACACAACCCAAGUGCCCAGAGGCUGGAAGCACAGAUAGCCAAGGAACAGCUAACAUGAGUCUUCUGCCACAGAUGGACAAGUGGCUUCAGGUAUCCUUGAAAGAUGCAAGCACUUGCUACAGACAGAAGAAAUAUGCCAUGGCAGCUGGGCAGUUCAGAACAGCUCUUGAG